AUGCUCUGCUCGCGGCUCCCUCGCUCUCGCUCGCUUUGCGCCCGCCCUCUCCUCGAUCGCUCAGCUGCGACCGAGCAGGGCGCUCUGCUUCUCCUGCGCUCUUCAGCGGACGGAGGUGCCUCGGCGACGCGCCGAGUACGCCGGUCACCGCCACCGCCGCCCACGGGCGAGGCUCUGUUCCCGCUCGGCGCUUGCUCCUCGACGCGCUUGACGCACUCGUACUCGUGCGUCCUCGAAUCGGGCGCCUCGCGCUCGACCUUCAACUCGUUCGAGCUGCACGGCCAGCUCUACGACAUCAGCCACAGCGACGGCGGCUGGAUCCUCGCCGAUCCGUCCAUCAUCCCGUCGUUCACUGCCGCCAUCCUCCACGCCCUGCCCCCUCGCCUUGAGCACCUCUCCCUCACGACCUCGUUCCUUUGUCCCGCCGACGUCGCCGCCUACCUCCUCGGCCGGUGGGGCCCGGCGGCGCUCAAGACGCUCCGCAUCAGUGACGAGGUCGGGCGCGGGCUCGGCCCGAUCCUGCGCGGCGAGAUCGAUGUCGACGGUUACGGCGAGGUUCUGCCGUCGAGCGAGGACGUCGAGCGGUUCGGCGCGCUCGCCGGCGUGCUGGAGCGCGCAGGGGUCGAGGUGACGACGGUCGAGUGA